ACUAGAGAUUAGGAAGAAGGUAAAGGUGUGGAGAGCAGAAAACAUGGAAACUGCAUGCAGGUUUGCUUUGGCGGUCAGAGACAUAAACUCCUCCAUGUGUUUUGAAUGAUUGCAUGAUAUGCAAAUGAGUUGAAAUAAGGCUCUCCAGCUGUGGUCCGGCCAGCCAGAAGCAUCAGUCGGCGCUGGGCUGCUGAGGAGUGCUUGUCCAUCUAGAAGAAUGGAUAAGAACUUGACAACUUGUGAGAAAUGGCUGGGAGUAGAGGCAAUCCUAGAAAAGGACUUUCUUCCUACCAUCUAUUCCAUUGAGUUUGUCAUUGGCAUCCUUGGGAACAUAGCUGUUGUCUUGGGCUAUGUCUUCUGUCUGAGAAACUGGAAAAGCGGCAACAUUUACCUGUUCAAUCUCUCCCUUUCUGACCUUGCCUUUCUGUGUACACUCCCCAUGUUGGUGAGAUGGUAUGCCAAUGGGAAAUGGACAUAUGGGAACAUCCUGUGCAUGAGUAACAGGUACUUCCUCCAUGCCAACUUGUAUACGAGCAUCCUUUUCCUUACAUUUAUCAGUAUUGACUGGUACCUGUUGAUGAAAUAUCCCUUCCGAGAACAUUUCCUGCAAAAGAAAGAAGUUUCUAUCUUGAUCUCAGUAGCCAUUUGGAUUUGGGUGACCCUUGAGCUUCUACCAAUCCUCCUUUUCAUUGAGCCAACCACAGUAAACAAUGGCACCACCUGUAAUGACUACGCGAGCUCUGGAGAUCCCAAAUAUAACCUUAUCUAUAGUGUGUGUCUGACCGGGCUAGGGUUCCUCCUUCCACUCUUCGUCAUGUGUUUCUUUUACCUAAAAAUUGCCCUUUUCCUAAAGGAGAGAAGCAGACAGCUCACUACUGCACUCCCCCUUGAGAAACCUCUCAACUUGGUCAUCAUGGCAGUGGUGAUAUUCUCAGUUAUCUUUACCCCCUACCACAUCAUGCGAAAUGUAAGGAUAGCUUCCCGCCUUGAGGUCUGGAAGCAGAGCGAAUGCUCACAGGUCGCUAUCAACACAUUCUACAUUCUGACCCGACCCUUGGCCUUUCUGAACAGUGUGAUCAAUCCUCUUUUCUAUUUCCUGAUGGGGGACCACUUCAGAGAUAUGAUGGUCAGUCAAGUGAGGGUCUUCUUCAAAGCCAUUAGAAGGUGACCCCACUGGCCUGCUGAUGGCGUUCUUCAAAGACAAGUGGAGCUCUCCUUUCUUUGGGGAAACGUGUUUUUGUUUCCCUGAUAGGUCACAUGGAUUGUUGGCUUGUUUUGUUGACUUCCAGGCUCAUCUAAGAGGGCUUUAACUCUGUUCCCUGAAACACGGAUCAACUUCCCUUACGUCUCUCUAAUCCGGGGGCCCAUCUUUUUGUUUAAUACUGACAUGUCAGACAGGUAAGAAUCAAGGAACUCUAUUGUCUCUGAAGAAAUGGAAUUGCAGAUCACCAAUAGGGCAAUAGAGAGGCACAUGGUGGGUGAGAGUUGAAUGCAACACAUCACGCUCAAGGAAUGAGGAAGGGAGAGUGACAUAUGAAUGUCAUCACAGCAAUAAAUGAUGGGAAAAAAAAAGACAAGGGGCUCCUCCUGUGGAGAGAGCAAGGAGUAGAUGCCCCAUGGCCCCCAUUAGCAUCCUCAUAAAUCAAGAGAAGUUGACAAUGCCCUCUCCUCCCCACCUCUCUAGUGCACUGAGUUGUCUCUCUGCAGAAAACUUAUGGGAAUCACAUAGGUUGUGCAGUCCAAUCUCUGUCGCUGGAGGGAAUGGCCACAUUGGUGAAAUCCCAGAUGCACUGGAAGACUUGGGUCCAUGUGAAGAGAAGUGACUUCAGCAGGUGUAGAAAGAUGAAAGAGUGGACAGGUUGAACUGUGUGCUAUUUACAUUGUUUCCUCUGGUUAUUGUCCAAAGGAAUCGAGUGUGGACAAAAUCCUUCUUCCUACUCCAUGAAGAAAUUUACCAGUAGAGAAAAACCACAUGAAGGUACUAAAUUCUACAGAUGGAAAUGCUGACAAAUCAAGAAAGAAAUAUAGUAUUAUGGAAGGGGGAGAAAAGCUUCUCCCCCCCUCCAAAAUGCUUUUGUAUUUCUAAGGAUACACAUUAUAUGUUUAUGUACAUGUAGUAUUCCCUGCUGAAAUGUAAGCUCCCUGAGGGCAAGGCUUGGUUUUUUUUUUGGUUUUUUUUUUGCCUUUGUUUACCUCACUCCUAGCCCAGUGAUGGAUAUGUUUUAAGCUACACCCAAACUUAAAGCUCUACUAAGACUUCUAGAACAUCAGCCAAUAAAUGCUUGUUCAUUAAUUCCAGGAGUGUGUGAUAUGCGCACAUUAAAUAUACUACAGGCAAGAGGAAGUUGGGGCAAAGGGAAACUCAGAAAGAAGCAUCCCUUUCUCUCCCCUGUUAUAGCCUUCACCCUGGUGUAGGUCCUUGUUACAUCCUACCUGGAUCAUCGCAGGCAGCUUCCAGCAGUUUCUCUGCUUCAAAUCUCUCCCCGCUCCAGUCCAGCCUCCACUCAUCUGCCAAAGUGAUUCUCCUAAACCACAGUUCUAGCCAUCUCUUACCCCCUACUUAAGAAACUCCAGUGGCUUCCUGUUACCUCCAUGACCAAAUACAAAAUCCUAUGGCUUCCCAAGCCCUUCACAAGCUGGCCUUUCCUGUCUUCUUACACCUGCCUCCCUUCCGUGGACUCUCCAAUCCAGGGACUCUGGCUUCCUUUGGUUCCUUGCACAUGGCACUCAAGCGCUUGACUAUGCCUAUUUACUGGCUGGUUCUCCCCAGUGACUGAAGUGUUUUCCCUCCUUACCUCUGCCUCCUGGCUUCCCUGGCUUCCUGUAAGAUUCAGUUCAAAUCCCACUUUCCCCAUCCCACCCCCCUACAAUGAGCCCCCAUAUCCCAUAGGAUAUCUAGUGUGUACAUGCUGGUUUCUAUGUUGUCUCCUCCAUUAGAACAUCAGCUCCCUGAGAUCAGGCAUCCUGUUUUUGCCUUCAUCUGUGCCCCCAGCCUGUGGCACAGAGCUUGGAACAUAGCAUUUAAAAAACGCUUGUUAACUUUGCUGACUCCUAGAAAAUUGGAGGAGAGAAACAACACUUAAUUUUCGUGGGAACCAAAUGUUAUGAUAGUGACUUUGAAGAAACCACCCUCCCCUUGCAUAGGGCUAUCCUUGAUUUUUUUUUUCCCAAGCCCACUUUUAGGAUGUCAAAAAUAGGGAAUUUCUUUCAAAGUUCCAAUUUUUUUCCCCCUCAACAGCAGAUGUGAUGAAAUAACUCGGGAAACUUUGAUCCUCUGAAAGACCUAUGAUUUCAUCACCAUGGGUGUGCCCUUGACCAACACAUGGAUGCUUAUCUGUUUCCGGAACCGCCCAACAGUUGCAGACCUGGUCACCAGCCUUCUGGCUGUGAGUGCAUACAAAUAACCUACAUUUAUACGGCCCUUCAAGAAUUUGCCAAGAAAAUGAACUUAAAAUAGGAACACACAUUUUCAAAAAUG